UUAUGAUCGCACUGGUGUGGCUUAAUUAUCCCUUUAAAUUUUCAUCCAAUUGGAAUUGAUCACAAUCUCUGUAAGUAAACACACAAUUAAUUAUUAAUUUAACUUGAUCAAAAAUCAAUCGACUAUUCAAGAAAUCAUUUCUUUAAUUGGGAUACUAUUGAACAAUAUGAUGAAAAUACUGACUGAGAACCAGAAGAUGAAGAUGAAGAUGAAGAUGAAGGUGAAGAUGAAGAUGAAGAUGAAGAUGAAGAUGAAGAUGAAGAUGAUGUUGAUGAAGAGCAAAAUUAGAUUAAUAAUUAGAAAUCAAUAAACAUUUUAAUUUUGAUCAACAUGUUUGAUAACCUUUUCUUUAGUUCUCUCAAUGCUUUCAAUUUUGUGAGUUCAAUUACAGAAUGUGAUGAUGGUCGUAUUGCUGGUACUGAUUUCGCCGAGCAUUUUGAACUUCUACCCCUUAAACCACUUAAACGUAAUCAGUACUUUUGUUUUCUCACCAAUGAAUGUCUUGGUUAUUUAAACCCAACACCUCGAUCCACCGCUAAACUCAACUAUUUGUACCGAUGUAGUGUAUGUAAACAAUAUAUUUCUCCAACUAGAGGAACUUGUUUUGAGAAAAUGCGGAUAGAUUUACUUGAUUUCUACAAGGUGGUUUUCCUUUGGUGUGGACAUGAUAAGAAUAAGCGAGUACUUGAGAAUAUUAAUCUCAAUAAGAAUACAAUUGUGGAUUAUUUUCAAUUCUGUCGUGAGGUUGCAUUGGAUGUUCUUAUCGACCUUGGUGAAAUCAUCGGUGGUGAAGAUCGACACGUUGAGAUUGAUGAAUCAGUUUUAUUCAAAAGAAAGUAUCGAAAGGGUCGUUUAUUAGCUAAUCAGUCGAAGCAGGUUUGGGUUGUUGGUGGUAUCGAGAGAGAGACUGGACAUUGUUUUGUUGAGAUUGCCCCAAAUAGAAAAAUGCCUACACUAGACGAGAUUAUUCAAAGAAAAGUUCAAACAGGUACAACAAUAUUUACCGAUGAGUGGAGAGGAUAUAAUAACCUGAAAAAUUUGGGUUAUAUUCAUUAUACUGUAAAUCACAGUAAAAAUUUUCUUAAUCCACACAACAAAACCAUCCACACCCAAACAAUUGAAAGACUCUGGAAAGGGCUAAAAGAAAGUAGUCCAAAGCAAACUAAUGGUUCAAAAAGAUCUGAGUAUUUGAUUGAUUAUCUAUUUAGACGAAGAUUUUUUCAUGGGAAAAAUCCUGGUGAAAGGUUCAAUUUAAUGAUUGAAUAUAUUGCGAAUCAGUACCGAAGUGAAUUGUUUAAUAAUGCAAAUUUUGAACCUUAAUCAAUGUUUAACCAACACCCUACUCAUCAACACAAACAACAUGUUCAAUUUCAUAAUUGUUCCAAGUUCCUAAUUAUUAAAAUUGUGAUUUUUUGAUCAAGUUAAAUUAAUAAUUAAUUGUGUGUUUACUUACAGAGAUUGUGAUCAAUUCCAAUUGGAUGAAAAUUUAAAGGGAUAAUUAAGCCACACCAGUGCGAUCAUAACUAAGAUGUUACCAUUAA